AUGGCGAAGGAGGGACCGGAGGUGAUGAUCGGAGAUGGACCAGAAGGAGAUCGGAGUAAUCGGAUGGCAAAACAAGCAAGACGGAACAGAGCCUUGAGCAAAAGGACAGAGUGCUUGAGGAAGUGUAUGCACACCAGAUCCAAAGGACGAGACAACCUCCUAAGUACAAGCGAUCUUGACAAAGCAGAGCAAAACAAACGGUCACGCAGAGUUACUUCGCGAACCAGAAGACAAGAGGUUCCGGACAUGGCAGCCCAACCCCAACAGGAAGGAUUCCCACCCGGACCGGAACAACAAGGUGGUCAGCGAAACAACCCACCUCUGCGACCUCACCGUCAAAUAGGUGCCGGCGAUGCACCUAACACUCACGAAAACCGUCAAGGCAUAGCCCCGCCGAAUGUGCACAACAACUUCGAAAUCAAACCGCACAUUCUGCAUCAAGUCCAACAAAAGAUCUAUCACGGUCUACCUGAGGAAGACCCGUUGGACCAUCUUGACGAGUUUGACAGAGCAUGUGAUUUGAUCACACAGAAUGGGGUAAGCGAAGACGCAACCAAACUUCGUUUAUUCCCAUUCUCACUUGAUGGCAAAGCUCGCCAAUGGGAAAAGACGAUACCUCGAGGGUCCAUCACAAGCUGGGAUCAGUGCAAGAAAGCCUUCUUGGCUAAGUUCUUCUCCUCAGUCAGAACUGCAAGCUUCAGAACCAACAUCUCAAGCUUCGCACAAAAGCACGGCGAGAGUUUCACAGACGCCUGGGAACGCUUCAAAGGAUAUCAGUCGAAGCAGAUGCUUGACACAGCAAGCCAAGGCAACUUCUUGGCCAGAGACGUCGACGACGGUCUGUUUUUGGUGGAAAACAUGGCAAUGAGCAAUGGUACAUACGGCGAAGAUCAUGACCGCACAAACAGAGGAUCCGUCGAAGCAGAGGAAAAGCACAAGAAGGAACUGAAGGUGCUGAACGACAAGCUUGACAAACUGCUUAUAGUCCAGCAAAAACAGUCGGUACACAUGCUGGAGGAACGUGAUGACGAUCAAGAGGAGGAGUUUUACACUGAGGACGUCAACUACAUUCAUAGCCAGGGUUACUACAAGAACAACCCCAAUAUGUCCUAUCGAAGCACGAAUGUAGAGAACCCCCAGGACCAAGUCUAUCCUCCUCAAGCCAACACGUCUGGUCAAGGAAAGAUGUACCCAACUAAACCACGUGAUGGGUCCCAAGAACCUGGAGUCAAGCAGAUGCUUCAGCAACUACUUCAGGGACAGUCUACCGGAAACGUGGAUCUCAACAAGCGACUAUCUGAGAUCAAUGGGAGAAUCGACUUCUCGCACCACGACCUUCAGACUAAGAUUGAAGCUCUCACAAGUAGAAUCCAUCAGCUUGAACACAAAGGCGGAACAGCUUCCUCAUCCAGAACGCAAGGUCAACUUCCGGGUAAAGCAGAGCAGAAUCCCAAGGAAUACGUACAAGCAAUUACAUUGAGAAGUGGACGCGCUUUACCUCCAAGAACAGGACCCGCACCAGUCAAUGAGGACAUUGAGGAACAAGAGGAGGAGAUUUCAGUUGAAACUGAAGCCACGGCACCUGUGACUGAAGAGGAACCACCAGUUCAAGAGAAAGAGAAAGCACCAGAGGAAGUGCAAAAGAAGAAGAAAGCCCCAGCUUUCGUUCCUCCUCCUUACAAACCGCAACUUCCCUUUCCUGUUCGAUUCAAGAAACAACAGCUUGAGAAAGCAGAGCCUGUUUGA